AUGGGAAGAAAACUCUUGUUUAGUUUUUCACUUCUGUUUUUAUGCAUGGUGUUUUCAGCCACUUUGGACCAGAUACUUGCCUGGAAGAAUGUAGGCUCUCAAGCGUCUUCAAGGAAAGAAGUGAUUAUCCGGAGUGGGAGUCAGAAGAAGAGUGGAGCAGAGCCACCAGCCCAGAACAUCACAGCAACACCUACCACACAGACUUUCAACUACAGUCUGAGCAAAAGCCAUUGGAGUGCAUUCAAUCAUCACAAUCCUGUUACGUUCUCCAGGGAUGGAAUUCCCUGCAUCCUCUUCUGGACUAAAAGGAUCACAGUUAAAUUUAAGAAUCAGACCUGGCUGGACCUCACAGAUGAAGCCCCUGGUCAAAACACAACAGUGGACACUGGCAACUCAAACUGCAAUGAAGAAAGUGCCAUGUUAUCUUUAAAGUUUGGUGAUGCUGAAAAUCUCAAGGACAUUGACAUAAGGUUCACCCUAACCAAUUACAACAAGCUGUCCAGCCAGAGCUGGUUUAGUUUACAACGGGUCGAGAUCAUCUUCAACAAUUCGGUGCAAGCAGCUUUUAAUGCAACUGGCAUUUAUGCUCUGUCAAGUUACUCGUACCGCUGCCAACGAGUCAGCAGUCUGCGCAGAAACGAUGCUCUGCAGUUGCUGGGCGGCUCCGACAAUGUGACAAGCCUGUGGGAGGUCACGUUUAUUGAUUUCCAGAUCCAAGGCUUCUCCAUCAAGGGGGCACAGUUUGCCCAGGCCCGAGACUGUGGCUCUUCAUUCUCCCCUGCUGUUCUCAUUGGCCUGGCCAUGUCUCUGAUUCUGUUGCUGGUGCUGGCCUAUGCCCUGCACAUGCUCAUCUACCUGCGUUAUCUGGACCGUCACUACGAGUUCAUCACGUCUCCUGUGCACUUCCCUCCUCGAAGCGAGCUAGACACAGGGGAGGAGAAGGAGCUGCUGGGGAGCCAGGGAGCUGAGUGCUAUGAGCUGAGGAGCCAACAGAUCUGCAAAAUCUAUAUUUAG